AUGGCCGUCCGAUCCGGAUUUGCCCUCGGUUUGCACAGGGUCCAAGAGAACCAUUUCAUCUUCAAGAGCCACGAAAUCAAACUUCGACGAAAUCUCUGGCGGAGUUUAUUCGUUCUUGACCGUUUCCUUGCUGCUUCGCUCGGUCGCCCAGUUGCCAUUGACGAGGAGGAAUGCUCUACGGAUGCCCUACUGGUGUUCGAGAAGAACGCUCAAGGGGAACUGGUUCGCGUCACGGCUCCAAACGACGGGCUUGAUGCCGCCGUGCGGUCUUGUCGGAUUAUUGGACUGAUUCUCAAGAAGAUCUAUGCCCGCCGACGAAUAUCGGUCCGCCUUGCCCAAGAGAUCUGGGAGCAAUGCAGCAGCUGGUACUCUACACUCAGCCCGGACUUGGCUGGGAGGCAAGUUGCCGCUGAUCCCAACCACCCGGCACAAGGCAUCGCAGCGCUCCACGUUAAUCUGCUCUACUGCCACUCAAUCAUGUUGCUGACUCGGCCGUUCUUUAUAUGUCUGCUAAGCAAGGUACACGGAGAGCGAAGCGGCCUCCAUUUACCGGUCCCCCGCUGGAUCAACCGCAUGUCAAAGUACUGCGAGGCAUGCCUGCAUGCCUCUAACCAAACCAUCAUUCUCGUGCAAAAGGCGUUCGAGAGCAACUACCUCCCACAACGCAACCCCUUCGUUCUCUACUUCCUUUUUGCAGCCUCCCUCAUCAUCUUGAGCAACGAGUUCGCGGCGAUAUACCCCAACCCGAGCUACGGAACCUCCAUAUCCAACACAAUCGCCAUCAUGCGCUACUGCGCCACCAGUGAUCCGCAGGCUAACCGACUGCUCUUCAUCCUGACAUCAUUCCGCAACGUCAUCUACGAGCUCCGGCAAAAGAAACCAGAGCAGCCGGCCAUGCCCGCCCCUCCAACAUUAUCCCCGACAUCGACCCAGGACCCGAUCGGCACCAUAUUCCGGCCAUCCGGGGUAUCGCGGAAGAGCUCCUUUGUAGCCAACACAUCAGGGCCAUCGGCGGCGGCCGCUAAGGCGAUGGCUCCGCCGCCGCUGUCCACAAAGACGGACCUUAGCUUCUCGACGCCGACGGGCCCGUCGGCAGGUGUGUCGCCCGCGGGGAGCACUCCCGGCAUGUCCCAGGGCGAUCAAAGCGUGAGGAUGGGUGGCGACUCGGACACGGCCGAUGGGGAGCUCGAGUUCGACCAGCUAUGGGGCUGGUCAGCGGUACCCAACAUCGCAGCCGGUUCCGCCGCAGCGGGAUCGGCAGCAGUCCCUGCCGGGGCACCUCCGGCAUUGAUGACAGCGGCGACAACGUCCAAUCUGCCUGCGUUCCCAGGUCCCGGUCCCGGCCCCGGCCCACGGUUCCAGGGCUUCCCGAACUACAUUGUGCCCGGCGGCCCUAACGGGACUGGUGUGCCGGCGGUCGGGCCUCCAGGAUACGUUGCUCCUCCCAGUGUGCCAAUGUAUGUUCCAGCGGAGUACUCGUAG